AUGCAUCAACAACACUCUUCGCAUCAUCACACAUACAAAGUUGGAGAUUUUCUAGAGAACCCAUCGUCGUGUGUCAUUAAACAAGGAGCAUUCAAACAAAAGAAUAGUCUUUUUUCAACAUGGAAAGUUCAUUCCUACAUGUUUGACGGACAUUGUUUGUACCGUGUGAAACAUCAUACUCAAGGAGUGGAAGUAAGAGAAAUUUUUCCAUUGAACACUCCUCUCAAUGCCAGCAGAUAUGACAUUUUAGUGACACAAAUCAUUUCAGCAGAAGAUAUAACUGGCAAGAAAAACACCAUUGGAUUCUUUUUUGAUGAAAAUAAGCAGAAAUAUGGAAAUCAUCAUUUGGGAGAACAUGCUGCAAAAAUUAUCGCAGAAAUGGAUGAAUUACUCGAUGAAAAGAAUGUAAAUUCGAAAAGUCAUGAAACCAUGUCAGCAAGUGAACGAAAAAAGUUAUUGGCUCCUAAAUUUUUAAUGGCCAGUUCCGCAGAGGAGAAGAAACUUUGGAUGAAUAUUCUGACUCAACAUUUGCAACAAGUGGUGGAAAUGAAUAAUAAUUCAAACUCUGCACAAGUGAGUGCAAUAUUGUCAACGAUUGAGGCAAUGAUUGAUAUUGUUGUCGUGAGUGAUGCAUUUGGAACCAUAACAGCAUACAAUACACAAGCAGAGAGUUUUUUUGGAUAUAAAAAGAAAGAUGUGAUUGGUAAAGAUAUUAAAAUUUUAAUGCCAUUUGAGGUGGCGAAGAAUCAUGAUGAAUUUAUGCAACGAUUUAGAAAAACAGGAAACAAACAUUUAAUAGGAAAACCUCGUGCACUCCCUGCCAAGUUAUCCAAUGGUCAAGUUCAAGAAGUGAGGUUAUCUUUGGGAGAAAUUCCAGGAAGCACUGAUCGAGAUAAAUAUCGAUUCAUGGCAGUCAUGAGAAGACAGUCCUCUUCUGUAACGUCGUCUUCUCCCAAAUCCAACACAUCAUCUACAACAACGUCACCAUGGCAAACGUUAACCACUCAAACAACAAACCAUACAACGAAUCCAUCCAUUCAUAAUUCCUCAUCCAUACCCAAUCUAUCUCUACAUUCAUCAAAAUCAGGCCCUAAAUUACUCUCACCUCAAAGCUCUAACUCUCUACAUGGCUCAUUCAUGAACUCGGAUCAUUUUGAUGUGAUUGCUCAAAGAUUAAAUGUUCCAUACUCGGUAGAAGAAGUCAAAGUUUCAAAGAAUCAACACAUUAAUCAAGAAAUAUUUGAAGCUCACCAUCACAUUUAUGAUUUGUACAAAUCCAUUCAUUCUACUCUCAACAAGUAUGGUCACAGUGUCAAUCAAAGUUUUAAGAAAGAUUACUCUACAUUGGAAAAGAAAUUCCAUCAACUUGAAGAGAAAAUCAAACAUUUGGAAAUAUCCAAUGCCCACAUGCUUGCCAAUAUUCAACAUCAGAAAAAGGUCAUUGACUUUUUGGAAACAAAAACAGAUGCCAUGUACAAGGAAAAACAUUCUGUCCAAGUGAAAACAGACAUGGCAGAUAGGUCGCACAAACAACAAUUCCUCAAGUCACCCAAUCUCGAAACCUUGGGCCUUGAUCCACAACAACUUGUCGCAUCACCAAGAUCUACACACUUUUUAACAAGUCUUUCAAAUUUAGUGAAAGAUCAAGCAGAAUUUACAGAUGUUCUGCAGAAUGAUUAUGCUCUCAAAUACUUUAUGAAAUUCUGUGCACAAGAAUUAUCUCUUGAAAAUGUUAAAUUGUAUUUAUAUUUAACCAGAUUUUAUUUACCUGAAGCUAAGAAAGAUCUUAAAAAAGCAAAGAUCAUGCGACAAUACGUCAUUGACACAUUUAUUGUACAUGGUGCACCUUUUGAAGUUAAUUUAUCUUCAUUGAACCGAAAGAAGCUGUUAGAAAAAUACUAUAAAUUGAGAGACUAUGAAAUGGAAAAGGAAUUGGAAGAAAAACAACACAUGGAAGAUUACAUUCAUAGAACAUUUAAUAGUGAAAAUACAACAAGACACAGUCAUUCACAACAUGAUGAAGAAGACACUCUUUCAGAUGGUAGUAGUGAAAAUUCAGAAAUGGAAUUACUCUUUAUCGAUCACGAGCACUCAAAAUCCAAAAUUUCACAUCCACACCAUGCCCAUCGAUCACAAUCUGUGAGUAGUGGAAGUGACGACUCGAAAUCGUGCACCGGUGAAGAAAAACAACUUGGAAGUGAUCAUGACUCUGCCACUACCACUACCACAACAACUUCAGGAUCUGUUGAUGGAGAUGAUUUGGCCACGAUUCAUGAUGGAUGUGAAGAGGAGGAAGAUGGAAUGGAUGAAAAUACAAUUAUACAUGAACACUCGAGGCGAACUACUGAACAAGAUGAUCAUUCAUCUCAAACUGUUCUUGCAAGUUAUAUCAAGCAAAUGAGAAGAAAGAGUGACUCAUUUCUAAAUGUAUCGACAACAACCACGUCAGACCCUUCGACCACACCUUCUGCAUUGGAUUCCAACAAUGUUAGUAAUCGAAGAGGUGGUACUGGUGGCACUUCUUCCAUGGAAAGAACCAUUCCUAACAUUGCCACUCUCAUAUACGACUUGGAAGAAGGUGAAAAAUUCUUUGAUGAUUUGUUAAUUCAAAUUAAGGGAGUCAUGAUGGAUACAUUUAUGAGAUUUAUUAGAUCUGAAGAGUAUAUUGAAAUGAAAGAAGAAAUUAGAAGAGUUCACAAAGCAGAAAUGGAGUUGAUUCAAAUGAAAUUGAAUUCCUCAAUCAAGGUGUAA